AUGGACAAUGAUCAGGCUACCUUCUACCUUUCGCAAUUCAUCGGCAAACCUCUCCGCAUCCACGUCUCCGAUGGCCGCGUCUUUGGAGGGCAAAUGAAGUGUACGGAUAAGGACCGCAACAUCAUCCUCGCUCUAACAUACGAAUACCGUGCACCAUCUGCGGAGGUAAUCCGCAAAGCUGUCGAAGCAUCUGGCAAUCCGUCGGCGCCUGUGAAUUGGAACAGCCGCUAUGUCGGGCUCGUGGUCAUUCCUGGCGGGCACAUCAAAAAGAUUGAGUUCGAAGAGAGCGUGCUUCCGGGACAGAGGAGUGGCGUGUCUGUAUGA